AUGCCAAGCUCAACCAUUCGUCGCCAAAUGAAGAACAUGGUGAACAACUACUCUGAUGCAGAAAAAAAAGUCAGAGAGGCUACCUCCAAUGACCCUUGGGGGCCUUCGUCUUCACUCAUGUCUGAAAUUGCCGACUUAACUUACAAUGUGGUGGCCUUUAGUGAGAUCAUGAGUAUGAUCUGGAGACGGCUCAAUGACCACGGAAAGAACUGGCGUCAUGUCUACAAAGCUCUCACCCUGCUUGACUACCUGAUCAAGACCGGCUCCGAGCGAGUGGCUUUGCAAUGCAAGGAGAACAUCUUUGCCAUCCAGACUCUGAAAGACUUCCAGUACAUUGACAGAGAUGGUAAAGACCAGGGCAUCAAUGUAAGGGAGAAGAGUAAGCAGCUUGUGGUCCUUCUUAAAGAUGAAGAUCGUCUCAAAGGAGAGCGGUCUCAGGCUUUGAAGACCAAAGAGCGUAUGGCCCAGGUGUCCACAGGGAGCAGUCAGAUGGGCUUUGGUAGAGGUUCAUCCCAGCCCAACCUCUCCACUUCCUACAGCGAAGAGUACGGCAGGUCAGAGGGCUCCCCUGCCUCCUACCAUGGCUCUACGUCUCCCAAUGCUGGAUCAGAAUUGGAGCAAGCCAGACCUCAGACAAGUGGUGAGGAGGAGCUACAGUUGCAACUGGCUCUGGCCAUGAGCAGAGAGGCAGCAGAGCAGGAGGAGCGCAUACGCAGAGGGGAUGAUUUGAGACUACAGAUGGCCUUGGAGGAGAGUAAGAAAGGAGGUUCUGACUCUGGCAAACUGGCACGCAAGAAAAAAGAGCCGCAGUCAUCUCUGAUGGAUUUGAUGGACACCCCAGAACCAGGUGCAACCGCUGACCCCUGGGGUGCAGCCGGUCUGUCGAAAGGGGACCCCUGGAAAUCUUAUGGUUCUGCCCCUAAGUCAGCAGCCUCGGCAGACCCCUGGGGGGCUCCAUCUUCUGUUCCACCCAUGAAGAGUAGUGAUCCCUGGGCAUCAAACUCAACUCCCGCAUCUGAUCCCUGGGGGUCAGCAGCUACUCGUCCUAAAGCUGCUCAUACAGGUAGCUUUGACCUGUUCAGUGAAUCCAAUGGUACGUCCAAAGAGGACUUCUCAGCGUUUGACAGCCUGCGCACCUCCUCCUCUGUCGCUGCUGGUGAUGCUGGUAUACCAUCCUCUAUUCCCUCCCAAACCAGUCUUGCAAGCAGCAGCAGCUUGGACCUCUUUGACCCCCUUCCCACAUCCACUUCUGCUUCUUCAAAUCCAACCAGAAAGACACCAGAGUCUUUCCUUGGCCCCAAUGCUGCUUUGGUCAACCUGGAUUCUUUAGUGACCAAACCUGCUCAACCUGCACCAGCAUUCAACCCAUUCUUGGCUUCAACGGGUGGCACUGCCUCAGCAUCCACCGCCCACGCCAAUCCCUUUCAAGUGGUCCAGCCUGCUCCACCAACCCUCAACCAGAUGCGAGUCAGCCCCAUGCCUUCGGGGUUCGCUGGUGGCAUGAGUGAUACCAUGGCCAUGUCCUCUUUGCCCACCCAACCUAUCACAAUGGUCCCUUUGGCAGGCAUGGCCCCUGCAGGACGCCCGAUGCCUGCAAUGGGGGUCAGUGCUAUGCCCCAGCCGCUGAUCAGCAUGCCCCCUCAGGCUGGGGGGCCGCCUGCUGGGGCCACCAACCCAUUCCUUUUGUGA